GGCCCAGCCGGGGGGCCGAGGCGGAAGGCGGAGGCCGGGGCCUGCUGGGUGGGGCCGCCCCUGCCCCCUGCAGCCCGGGCAGCAGGCUGGAACCCGCCCCAGCACAGCACACACUCGGCCUUAUUUGGCUUGGACGUGAAUCCCGUAAACACUUCCCUUCUGGAGCGUCUGCGGGGGCGGCUGGGGGGACCUGGCAGCGGCGGCUCUCCCCUCCCUCCCUGGCCGGAGCCACCACCGGGGCAGACUCGGCCGAGGACCCCAAAGACUCGGGGCCAUCCGAGGGGCAGGCACCAACAGACCCCGAAGCCUGAGAGUCGGAAUCCGAAGGGCUGAAGUGGGGCUUUCUAACGGGGACCCUGUCGGAGGCCAGCGAGGGGAAGCCAGCCCACCCGGGUCCCCCACGCGGCCUUGGGGACAGGGAUGCCCUCGGCUACAGGGCGGGCAGCACCAGGGCCUCCACGUCCCUGGGCAGGGGACCCUCCGGGGACACCAGCAGCUGGCCCGUGGGGGAGGGCAGCCAGCACGGGUGCUCUCAGGGGGGGGCUCCCGCCCCAGGGCCCCACCCCCAGGAGGAGGCCCCGCCCUGGCCUGGAGUCGCCCCCAAAAUGUCAACUACCUGGAGCCGGAACCAGGCCCAGGUGCUGGCACCGCAGGGGUCCAAGGCCAGCUCUGCCAGCGCUGGGGACUGUCCACAAGAGCACUUUCAGGUGCAAGCCCACCCGAGACCCCGGGUCCCCCUUCAGCACCCACCCCCCUGGGAGCCUGCCUGACCCAGGCUUGGGGGCCUUCCUGUCCCCCCACUGCCUCCAGCUGCUGCACGUUUUCCCUUCACGGUGGGGCUGGACGGCCACUGGGGGACCCUGGGGGGGACCCUGCCCGGCCCCCACCCCCCUACUCAGCUGCGAGAACGAGAACGGCCCGGGCACAACGGGAGGGAGAGAAACGGGGAGAGAGCCCGACCCACGUCCCUCCUGCAGGCGCCGAGAGGUGUCCGCAGCUCUUCACAGUUUACGAUGCUCUAAACCCUCCGCGGCUCCACACCUCCCCUCCCAGGUGAGAACCCGGAGCAGCGACACCGGGUGUGACGGAGGUGACGGACAGACAGUGGUCGGAGGAACUGAGUGGGCCUGGGGGGGCGGCUGGGCACCCCACCCCCUGCUUUCCCCGCCGCCCAUGGCGCUCCGGCCCAGCCCCUGGCAGGCAGCGGCAAGCGGGGGAGACACGGGGUCACUUCGUCACCCACUUGGAGCCUGGCCCAGAGCCCGGGGCUUGCAAGGAGUUAACAAGGGCACCCCACCCCCCCAUCUGGGGAUCCAGGGAUUUACUCCGCUCUUUGUUCCCUGUUAGGAUGACCCCUGGCCUGGAUGGGGGGCUGGGGCGGAAAUGUGCAGAUUCCAGGGCCUGGAGAUGGGAAAGCACCUUCGGAGCCAAGCACGGGGCCCCCACCCACUGGCCUCCCUGCAGCUCGCCCCCGGCCUCCUCGGGUCCUGGCCGGGCAGCCCUCCCUGCCGGGUGACACAGGCCGAGCCUGCGAUCUGGAAGGGGAACCGGGCAGCUUGGGCUGUGGCUUUGCCGGGUCCCGCCUGGAGCUUGGCGGCCUCGGCCGAGGAGGGGGCCACUGAGGGCAGUGGGGGCUGCUGCCGGAGACCGUCACCACAGUGACCGCCCAUGGCCUCUUCUCGACUCUGACUCGGGCCCAGGCACCACACUCCGGAGCUGGCUGCCUCUCGGGAACACAGCCCGGCCGGAACUCGGGGACUGGGCCGUGCCAGGCCGGCCCUCCACAGGCUUCGAAACUGGGAUUGCCUGUCGCAGUCCCUGCUGGCGAGUGUCGUCACCACGGCCAGCUCUCCCAGCAGCGCCACCAGCUCCCAAGGGGCAGGAGCUCGUCCCAGGGAGACGACGGGCAGACGGGGCCCGGCCUGGCCCCAUCGUGAGCUGGUGACACAGCAGGACUCAGACCCGGGUCUCGCCACCCACAGCCUCCUCCCAGCACCUCGUCACAGUCCCCCCAGGCCAGGGGCGCUGCAGGCCUGGGGAGUCCUCCAGCCAUGUGGGGUGUGGGGGGCUGGCACUCAGUAUCCCCAAGGGGUCAGGCCACUCUCUCCAGGAGAGGCAGGGGUCCCCCACCUCGCAGAAGCCCCAGCCUCUGAAGGAAGGAGAGCUGGAGGGAGGCACGGGGCUCCCUGCUAAGCCAAGACCCCCGUCUGUGCAGAGGAGUGGGGCAGACCUGGUGGGGUGGCGGCAGGGGACAGGGGACUCGUGCCAAGUUCCACAGGGUGGCAGAGCAGAGCCCCCAGAAGACCUUUCUGGGCCGGCGCUAUGAAGCCUUUAUGUGCUCCUGCAGGCGCUGGCACCAGGCUCAAUGGGCUGUGCCAGGAGGGGGCUCCUCUGCACCCCUGGCCAAAGAGGGACACCGAGGCGCAGGCUGGGACCCGCAUGCCUGCCUCCCACCACCGUGGCUGCCUUCCUGGAGAUUGAGCCCCGACCCAGGCCUUGGUGAGAAAAGAGGUGCUGCUCCGGCUGGUUGCUCUGCAGCCCCGGACAUGGGGAGCACGGGCCCCUGCCCCAGCAUGCACACCCCACCCAGGGAGCAGACCCUGCCAGGCGCUGCCAAGCUCUCGGAGGCCAGACUGCAGCCAGGAGCAGCCUCCCUGCGGGGCCGCCUGCCGGGGCUGUACCACAUGGCGUCCGAGCUUCCAGGUGGCGAUUGAGACCUGCCUGAGCCCGGGGGAUGAGCUGGUGGCUGACGUGUUCUCUGGGCCGUGGGCCCCCGUGGGCAGGGCUGGCUCCCAGUGGUUCAGUGGGGGCACCUCUGGGGCCCCAGGUCCGCUGGGCUGCCCGGCUAGCACGCCGUUCCCAGCCACGCUGGAUGGGGGCAGGCGGCCAGGCACAGACGGGCAGACGUCUCCUGGCUGACCCGGGGAGUGGACGGGACAUUCCAGAAGGGCUCCGUGACCACACUGGUUAACUCCGGAAGGCUUGGCCUCGAGCUCUGGGUAAACAGCCACAUCCAGAAACCACAGGCAUGCCCGCCCGGCACCGCGGGCCGACUGAGCGGAUGGGAUUUCGGCUGUCAGCCACCGGCACCUCCCCGGGGCCGGGCAUGGCUGGAAGCCCGGGGGACAGACGAGCCGAGCCAGGCCCCCAGUCCCCAGCGCUCCCCAGCCCAGCAGCGAGGGCAGCCCGCGGCCGGGGAGGCAGCCUCCGGGACAGGUCAAAGGGAGCUGCUUCCUCCAGAGCCCCUUGCAGCUGGCGCACUGCCCUGUCUUCCCACCAAGUUCUUCACUGGUCCACAAUCUGCAGAGCCGGGGUUCUCGAAGUGCGGCCCCCAGAGGGCAUCGUCACCCCCCUGGGAACGUGCUAGGAAUGCAGGUCUCUAAAGCAGGGGCCUCGGGGGGCUUCCGAUGAGCCCUCGAGGCUGAGCCCCCAGAACGACGGAAGAUCAGCUUCAGACCGGAAGGAACAGGUGUGUACUCCGUCACUCAGAAGGCGCAGACGACGCAAGCGCUCAUCAGCAGCUGCUUGCCGCACCCGGCCUGUGGGUGUGUGACUUAAACCCUGCGCCAGCUCACCCGCCAGCUCCGCUCUACUAAACCGGUGACUGUGCCCACGAGGGCGGGGGCCAGUGCCCACCGGGGAGGGCAGCCGAGCAGCCGGUGCAGGGAGGACACUGAGGACACAGCCUGCUCCAGGGCCCCCCGCAGCCCCUUCCGGGCCAGGCUGCCUUCCCAAAUGCGUCUGGCCCCGGGUAGAACCGGCCACCCCACCUCCCCCCCAGCUCGGGCCCAGGGACAGCAGGCUGGGGCCGUGACUCAGGCCCUCACCCUCUGACUCACCGGCCCCAGCACCCCGACAGCUCCCCGGCCGGUCCGGUCUGGCUUUCGCAAACUGCCCCAGGACCUGGUCACUGGCCGGCCCUGCUCUCCGGGGCCUUCCCUGACACCCCCAGUGGUGGAGGGCUAGGGUCUUGGAGGACUGCUAUUGGGCCACCUCCUGGCACAGGUGGACGGGCCAGGGGGUUGGGGCUUGUUGGGGUGCAGGCUGGAUCCCCGCAGCCACCCAGUGGCCAGGCAAGUGAGGAGGAGCUGGGUGGGCAGUCCUCUAGCCUCGGGCCUUGGUGGUCACUCUAGAGGGAUGGGGAUGGCUGUGUGCAGGGACCAGGGCCGCCUCUGCCGGACACUCAGCUCUAUGGACCUGUCCUCGCUCAGCCCGCCCCCUCUGUGACUCAGUUUCCCUUUCAGUGAGACGGGAAUCAUGAUGGGGGCCUUGCCCUGACCGCUGGCUCCCCCUGACGCCCACCCCAAGCCUGGCACCUGCCCAUGAGGGGCCCGGGGCCUCCUGGGAGAGGAGAUGCGGUCACGGAGGUGCUGAGGUUAGGGGUGCUGGGCAGCAGGCCUGGGGCCGGCUUUGAGGUUCUGCGCCGCCAGGAGCUGGGGAGCAUGGUGGCCCCCAGGCCCCUGUGGUCCUCCCCAACCCGACGCCGGGAGCUCCACUGGCUGCAGCCACAGGCCUGGGGCACCACAGGACACUCCACCCGCCCUCUGGAAACACAACCAGCCCACGAACGUGACCAGGGAAAAAUCAACACCGUCCACACACAAACACCGGACGGGGCCUCCACCCGCCGCCCCCAGGAAAGCCUGCCCCCCAGCGCCCGGAGCCCUUCAACAAAAGGGCCAGGCCCGCGCCUCGGUCUCCCUCCCGGGAGAGGCAGCCGGCCCUGCUGGCAGCUCGUAGAACGUUCCCUCGCCCCUUCUUCGCUUUCAGAAGUCAAAGCUGCAGAGAUGGCCGCAACAAGCCACCUCCCCCCAGCACCUCUAACCUUUGGUGUUUUUCCGCUCGUGUCUUUUACCAAAUAAAUGAAAC